CAAUGAACCACAUAGACACUAGUCCUUUUAACAUGUAGACACUAGAACUUUACAAUAGAACAUAAACAUAAGUCAGUUCUAGUGUCGUCAAAAAUUUACAUUUUAAAAUUUAGCUAGGUCUAGUGUCUCUACUUCUAGUUCUAGCGUCUUCGAAGACAUUUUAAAUUUUAACGUUAUAAAAUUUACAAAAUCCAAAUUAAAUUUUUUAAUUCCAAAUUGUCAAAGUUUUAACAUAGUUUUAAAUACUGUUUAGUUCUAGUGUCCUAUAAGCUAGUUCUAGUGUCUCCUUAAUUUAAAAGUUAAAAAAGAAAUGUUUGUUCUAUUGUCUUCGAUAACACUAUGAGUGUUAAAUGUUAAAUUUAUUUUUUAAAUUUCGAUUCGAGAUUUUCGAUUUUCAAAAAUAUCCUCUUAGAGCCUGGUGUACUUAAUGCUGCCAUCUAGCGAUAGGUUGGCGAAUGCCAUCUAGCGAUAGGAUGGCCAUCUCUAUCGGUCGUGGUUGUUGCCUUUGUUGCUCUGGCAAAUCUGUUGCCAUGGUGGUUUCAGAAGAUCUUUUCCCACAAGAACUUGCCUCGUGUGGUCCUAUCAGCCAUUACUGAUUUAUUUUUAUUUUUCCAAACAAAAAUGUCUUGCAACGACGUAGAUGAAUUCACAAUGUACCUUCAGUUGUACAAACGGUACAAACAGGAUUGUAUUGAGAUGGGAAAGGUUCCCAAAGAAUUAAUAUCGUUUCUCGGACAGUUAAAAGCAAAAGCGCGUGGCCCUGGUGACGAUAGUCAGUUGAAGGGAAACUUAACUGAAUCGCAAGAAAGUAAACCAUCUUUGGUCUCAGUCUUGGAACCUCCUUGUCCUUCACCGAUGACAACCAAAUUUGAUAAUGUUGCUGCACAUUUUACAACCACCUCAUCCUCUGGUCAUUCAGCAUUGAAUCCAAAAUCUGCUAACAGAGCCACAAAUUUUCCUGCCUUAAAUGGUUUCAAACGAAAGCUGAGAACUAUUGAAAGCAGAAACGUUCCCAUAGUUAAGAAACGAUGCAUAAACACAUUUACAUUACAUGUAUUUGUGUUACCUCACCUGGGCUGGCUGGGAACCAGAGCUACACCUGUUGAGAAGUCCGAUAUUGCUGACAUUUUUGUUGCUCAGAGAGUUGUCACCUUCUGUGUUGAACACAGUGAAGCGGAACACAAAACAGCCAUUUUAAAUAUGUAUGCUGAUAUUUCCCUACAGGACUUUGUGGCCCAAAGAGCUAACCGCAAUGGAAGAAGACUGUUAUCUCUUCUUGAUUUGAGUACUGAUGAACUUAAGAAGGGAGUUGGGCUGUUGUGGUGUACCUCCACAACACCUUUAAAUUUCAAAGGGAACAAAUUCUUGAAUAACCAACGAUGUGCAAAUUGUUUUAAAACUAUAGCAAAUUCUAUAGACAGCUUCAAAAAACAUCAACUUGUAUGUCUACGAAGAUAUCAAGGCAUGGAGUACGAGUCGGAGGAUUCCGAAGUUGCAAUUUUGCAUGAUGCAAGAGAUUAACCUUUUCUUAUACCAUUAGAAGGGAGAACCAUUGAAGUGAAAAGUGUUCCUACAGUUAAGAAAAGAUGCAUAAACACAUCCACAUUUACAUUACAUGUAUUUGUGUUCCCACACUUCGGCUGGUUCGGAAGUACAGCCACUACAGGAGAAAAGGCGGACUUGUGUGACAUGUUUGUUGCUCAGAGAGUUGUAACUUUUCACCUUGAUCAUAACGAAACGCAACACAAAAACGCAAUUUUGAAUGCGUAUGGCGAUGUUUUCCUAGAGGACUUUGUGGCCCAAAGAGCUGUCAGCAAUGGAAGUAGAUUGACCUCUCUUAGAAAUUUAAGCACUGAAGAACUUCAAAAGGAAAGCGGCUUACUGUGGUGCACCUCAAUAAAACCUUUGAAGUUGGAAUCGGGUGGACAACGGUGUGCGCAUUGUUUUCAAACUUUAUCGAAUUCUGUCGACAGCUACCAACUACAUCAACUUGGUUGUCAACGUCGAAAUGAAUCCCUGGAGAUUUUCGAUGAAGAAUCAGACGAAUUCCUUCUUAAUUCAUCAUGUGCUCCUUUUCCCAUUGACUUCGUUGACCAUGAAAACGUCAUCACACAAGUGACCAUGGCUCAUAAAGUUCCGGAGCAUGCUGCAACACGAACUGCGUCACAAGAGGAGCGUAGACUUCACUGCCUUUUGGCGGUGGAAAGAAGAUUACCACCACUGCCUUGCACACCACCAUUAACCAAGAUGUUUACAGAGAUCGUAUCUGUGGGUCACGUUCCAACCGAUCCUCCAACUCCUUCGGCGAUUGCAAAGCUGGAAGAACAUAGAAAGGCAGUCAUGGAAAUGGGAGUAAAUUCAGUUCGAGUAAGAAGAGGGGAAUAUUUGAUCCAUGAUUUCCUGGCCCUAAUGAAAACUGGAGACUUCAGGAGAAACAAGAAUAAAUUCAUUGGAGUUACUUUCCAAAAUCGAAAUGAGAAUGGAUCGCUUAGUCAGGAACUGGGAAUAGGGGUUGGCCCUUUAAAAGAUCUCUUGUCAACGCUGCUUGAAAAAUUGGUCUAUACAAGAUUGUCUGUCCUUUCGCACGAUGGCACAAGUGAUUCAGAGCAUUUUCUUUUUUCCCAAGAAGAUUGGAAUAGCGAAAUGUUUGCCGCUGGUCAAAUAUCUGGUCUUGCUAUUGUGCAAACUUCUCUUUGUCCGUGGUGGAUGUUACCAGUCUACAACCGUUUGGUAGCGAUCCAGAAACCCGGUGCCGAACAACACCCUUAUAUUGCUGGUUUGGUCUCACAGCAUGCAGCUGACCAGAUUUUGUCAGACCUGGAGUGUGUAUCGUUGUUUAAUUGUCGUCCCUUAACUCCCGAGCACGUUAUGGAGAUUCUGGAUUGGUCUGAAAUGUCCAAAACUAAAAACACAGCAAUCAAACGUGCAGAAAGGGAGAGCAGACAGUGGUUUGCUGAAUGGCUAACCUCACCGGAUGUGUUGUCUAAAGUGUUGAUGUUCCUCACUGGAUCAGCAAUGAUUCCUUCUUCAUUGGAUUACCUAAUUUUAGUGAAAUUCGUCCAGCUGCAAGAAAAUGAAAAGAGGCGCCCGGUGGUCCGGACAUGUCCCGAAUUCGCGGAACUCCUCUUCCCUGUUUAUGUCACUAAAGAAGAGUUGACUGAAGUAUGGAUCGACGCUAUUCAACAGCUAGAUGCUGGCUUCACAUUCGUGUGACAGCUUAUUUGGAAUCACUCAUCUUGCUUAAGUCCUGAUUUGUUCCCUUUUCAUCUACAUUCCGUUCCACUCUUCUCCCUUUUUUUAAAAAAAUUGUCCGUUAUCCUUUUUAAUGUUUUUUUUUCAUCGAUUGUGUUUUCUCUUAAAACAACGAUCUAGUUUCAUUGAUAACCUUGUCUGGUUUGCUGAAUGGCCAACCUAAUUUUAUGUGUUAUCUAAAUUGUUUGUGUUCCUCACUGGAUCAGCAAUGAUUCCUUCUACAAGGAUUGAUGACCCCAUCACCCCCAACUUCGUCCUGCUAAAGACGCGCACUGUUGUCUUCGUUUUUAUUACCAAACAAGAAUUGACUGAAGUAUGUAUCGACCCCAUUGAACUGCUUGUUGCUGGCUUCACAUUCGUGUAACUGCUCUGCUCAUAUUGCUAUAGUCUGAUUUGUUCACUCUUUCUCAGCAUUCAAUUCCAAUCUCCCUCCUUUUUUUAAAUUAUCUUGUCCGUUUUAAUCAAGCAUAUUUUCUCUUUAAACAACCAUCUAGUUAAAGUUAAACCCUGUUCCUAAAAUCAAGAAUACUUUCCUUGUCACAAGACUCAUACUCUGCAGAGUUUGUGCUCUUUAUUUCAAUAAAAUAAACAGAAGCUAGAAGCGAUCAA